AUGGCCAAGGGCUCCCAGCUCUCUCAGCUGAAAGCGGCUCUCAAUCAAGCGGGUCUGUCCCGUCCGCAACAGAAUGGCAAAAAGAGGAAGCGCGCGGUGAUGGAAGAGCGGGACAAGGAGAAAAAGGCGGAAAAGCUUAAGAACAUCCAGCAGAGGAUGAACCCUUCGACGCCGGCCCGCACAGAGCAAGCAGGCUGGAUGGAACAGAGGAAGCAGACACUCCUGAAGGAGCUUCAGGAGAGGAACCGCGCGGGAGGCAUAGUCGAUCGCCGGUUUGGUGAGAAUGACCCGACUCUGACACCGGAGGAACGUAUGCUGGAGCGAUUUACGCGCGAACAUCAGCGUGCCUCGAAGGGCGCCGCGUUCAACCUCGAGGAUGAGGACGAGCUCACGCACUACGGCCAGAACUUGUCAAAGCUGGAUGACUUCGACAACGUCGGACUGGGGCUGGAUGACGACGAGGACGAAGACGAGGGCCGGAUUGACCGGUCGACGGUCCAGCAGAGCCAUUUCGGAGGCUUUGGAGACGAGGAGGAGCAAGACGAGGAUGAUGAGCCUGCGCGGAAGAAGACGAAGGCCGAGGUCAUGUCGGAAAUGCAACGGCAAACUGAACAAGAGGAGGACGAGAACUUGCGGCAUGAGCUCGACCAACAGCUUGACUCCAUCCGCUCCCUCUUUUCGCCCCAGAUCCCUCCGCGUCGACAUCUAAAGCACCUGUCGAACCGCAGCUCCCGCUGUCCCGAAGCCUCGGACGGACGGCGAGACAGAUCAGGACAGGAGUACGAUCAGUAUGUUCGCGAGCUCGUCUUCGAGCAGCGUGCCAAGCCCAAGGAUCGUACAAAGACAGAGGAAGAGAUGGCGCUGGAGGAAAAGGAGGCUCUCGAGCGGGCGGAGCGCAGACGUAUCCGGAGAAUGAAUGGCGAGUCUGAGGAGGGCGAUGAGGAAGAGGGCGGGGCAAAGGGGGCAGUGAAGGGCAAGCGCGCCAAGCAGAAAGGAGGGGACGAUCUGGAGGAUGACUUUAUGAAGAGGAUGAAGAGCGAGGAGGACGAUGAUGAUGAGAUGGGUGAGGGCGAGAGUGACGAAGAAGACGAAGAGGAGGACAGCGACGAGGAGGAAGAGGAUGGCGAAGAGGAGGAUGAAGAGGUUGCCUCCGAUGAUACUGGCGACAUCGAAGCCGAAGGAGGUGAAUCUGAGGCUCUAGUGACCUCUGGUAAGAAGAAGGUCGUGCAUGGAAAGAGCCCAUCAAAGGAAUUGCGGUUCACUUUUCCGUGUCCAUCGAGCCAUGACGAGUUCUUAGAGCUUGUGGAAGACGUCGAAGACAAGGACGUACCCACCGUCGUUCAGCGGAUACGCACGCUACACCAUCCGAGUCUGGCGGAAGAUAACAAGUUCAAGCUCCAGGGUUUGACGAGCGUGCUGGUUGACCACAUCCUAUACAUUACCUCACCACCGACACCACGCCUCACCUUGCUAUCGUCGCUCGUACCCCAUCUCUACGCCCUCACCAAGUCAUACCCCAUCCAGUCAGCGGAGCACUUCAUCUCCAAGUUGAACCUGAUGCACAAGAACCUCAAACGUGGCCUCUCGCGUGGUGCGACAGAGCCUGAUGCGAAGACAUGGCCAGGCCUGCCCGAGCUUUCUCUAUUACGGGUCAUCAGCCAGAUAUGGCCGACAAGUGACAAGAACCACAGCGUCGUUUCCCCAGCUCGAUUGCUGAUGGGCGCAUACUUGGGCCUCGCCAGGGUCCGCUCGUUACAAGACUUGACGAGCGGCUUGUUCUUGUGCACGCUGUUCUUGCAGUAUGAGCAGCUCUCGAAGCGUUUUGUGCCCGAGGCGAUCAACUUCCUUGCCAACGCUACUCUGCACCUCGCGCCGCACAAGUUUUCGGAGCGAUCUGCGGUGCCAGGUUGCUUCCCGUUUCCCGACUUCGGGUCCGAACAUUGUCCUUCGUUCACGCUUGUUGGCAAGAAAGUCAAAGAUGCAACUAUCAAACCGCCGUCACUGCUUCGAUUGUUGAACGCUAAUGACUUCAGCGAGCAAGACAAGGUGGAUCUCCUAGGCUUGACACUGGAUCUCCUUGGGCGCUUCGCAGACAUAUACAAGGGCUUGGACGGUUUCAUCGAGCUCUAUGAGCCGAUCUCGGAGCUACUUACUGGCGUUAAGUCCAGUAGCCUUCCAUCAUCCGUAUCUGCACGGGUGACGUCCUUGCGAGACACGUUCGGCAGACUACUCAAGUUCUCUCAGCAAGCACGGCGUCCCCUGACUCUUCAAUCACACAAACCCAUUCCUAUCCCCACAUACGUGCCGAAGUUCGAACAGUCGUCGUCUAAUUACCUCAAGAAUCGCGAUCCUGACCACGAACGGAACGAGGCGACGAAGCUGCGCAGGCAGUACAAACAGGAGCGGAAGGGUGCGAUCAGGGAGUUGCGCAAGGACGCUCGGUUCUUGGCGGCGGAACAGCAAAAGCAGCAGAAAGAAAAGGAUAGUUCGUAUAACGAGCGGAUGAAGAGGGUGCUCGGGUCACUGGAGUCGGAGCGAGCAGAGGAGAAGGCUAUGGAGCGAGAGAAGAUGAAGGACAAGAAGCGGGCUGGUCGGAAGUAA